AUGUCUUUGCUACGCGCGCGGAGUGUUCUCCAUUUCUUACCGAUUCUCCUUCUUCUUUCCGCGCUAUCCCUUUUCUCUCCAACAUCGGCAUACACCAAGCUCUCUGACGAAACUCUGCGCAACCUACCCAAUGCCGGCCAAGAUUUCGAUAUUCAUAAAGGCAAGCUACUCGCGCCAAUACUACGACCCAGAGUUCCAGGGACACCAGGCUCGACAGCCGUACUGAAUCACUUUGUCGACUUCUUCCGCACAUCGCUUCCAAACUGGCAUCUUGAGUUCCAGAACUCAACCUCAAGGACUCCUGCUACCGGCAAUGCGCAAAUCCCUUUCGUGAAUUUAAUUGUCACGCGGGAUCCCCCAUGGGCGAGCUCCGGCGACGUGGGCCGGCUCACGCUCGUCGCGCAUUACGAUAGCAAGCGCGAGCCCGCCGGAUUCAUUGGGGCAACGGACAGCGCAGCGCCAUGCGCCAUGCUCAUGCACAUGGCGCGCAGCAUAGAUGACGCCCUGACGCGGAAGUGGGCUGCGAUGGAAGCAGACGGAACUGCAGGAAUGGGAUUAGAAGCCGACCAGGGUGUGCAGAUAUUGUUCCUGGACGGAGAAGAAGCAUUUGUGACCUGGACCGCUUCGGAUUCGCUUUAUGGCGCGAGAUCCCUCGCAUCAACAUGGGAAUCAUCCAUGCAUCCCGCUCUCUCGACAUACCACAACAAACUGAGCUCCAUCUCUCUCUUUGUUCUUCUAGAUCUCCUUGGCGCCAAAAACCCCACCGUGCCAUCCCACUACAAGAUCACGCACUGGGCAUACGUCCACAUGAGCGAGGCCGAGAGUCGGCUGCGCGAGCUACGUCUGCUCAAAUCAUCACCCAAUCAUCCUUCCAAACGCUCCCUUUCCACGCGCAACUCCAAAGCCCGGCAUGAAGUCGUCCGGUCCGAACCCCAUUUCCUACCCGACGGGGACCACAACAAACAGACCAACUUCAACGGCGAGCGAAUCGCAGAUGACCAUGUCCCCUUUUUACAGCGCGGCGUAGAUGUCCUGCAUUUGAUCCCAAUUCCUUUUCCUCUCGUCUGGCAUCUCAAAGAGGAUGACGGCGAACAUCUUGAUCUGGAUACCGUCGAGGACUGGGCCAAGAUUGUCACGGCUUUUGUGGCAGAGUGGAUGGAGCUCGAGGGUUUCAUGCCCGAGUCCGGAUCGGCGAAUAAGGAUACGGGGAAAAGUAUAUUUCAGCCGCGCAGUAAAACGGAGUUAUAA